UGGCAAUCCAAUUAACUGUUGCUGUUUGAAAAUUUUGUGGAAGUAUGAUCGUAAAUAUUAAAUCGGUUACUGUGUUUAAAGAAAUUUAAAACAUAUUGUAUAUAUUGAAUUUAAUUAUUUGGACUGCUUAAGUUUUGUCUUUUGCUGGGAAUUAAAGGACAUAACUAUGGAAGAUGACUAUCACAAAUUUGUUAAAUAUAAACUGAAUAAUGAAAUUCUGAGCUUGAAAGUGAAGCGUAAAAUUAUCAACAAUAAAGUACAAAAGAUUACAAUUGACAGUUUAAGUUCACGAAUUUAUGUAGGAAAUGAAAAUGCAAAGAUUUUUCCUGCCGACUGUAAAAAAUGCCAAACUGAGCCUUCCACAAGGCUUACACAGCAGAACCAAUCAUUGCAAAUAAAUGCUGGAGAUGAAGUUGUACCUCAAGAUAAUUUGGUUGCUUCAAUUCAGUUAGUACCAGUUGCUUUCAAAAUGCCCGACCACUCAUUAAAACUAAAGCACUUGUAUUCAGGUUUAAACAAAAAGAAUAUACUUGACAAAAGAUGUUGGAGUGCCCUCAACUUGGCUUUAUUAUGUAUUUCUGAAGAACCCUGCCAAAUCCAAUUUUCAAAUUGCUCAAGUUCCAUCUCUUUACUUUCUGACAGUUAUAAUUCUAAAGAACUUGCACUUUGUCAUGCUUUGCUUUUGUGUGCUAUGGCUAAAAUGUCUCUGUCUUCAAAUGAGAUACAGCAGCUUGAGAAAUCUGUAAUUUGUCUAGUUGAUUCAUUGAUAACUGCAUGUAAUAUAUCAGGAAACAGAUCCAUCAUAGAUAGUUCACUUGAUUCAUUAAAUUCCAGGAAUCAUGCAUCAGCUUAUAAAUUAUGCAAGAAGCUUUUCGUGGGAACAGGUUUGGAUUUGGAUACUGUAAAUAUAUCUACAAUUUGUUGCUCAUCACUAAAGUACUUAACAGAUCUAAAGCUUAAUAGUGAAGCUGGUUUGAAACAUAUCUAUGGAGAGAAUACUCUCAAAUAUGUUCUGGGAUUAACUGGAAAAUGCACACAAGAAAUAGUCUCAAGUAAUUCUGAUACCUUGCCUGAAGAUUAUGGUCUCAUUAAUGGUACUUCUCAUACAAUAAAUCAGUGUCUUCAAAUCUUAGAACAUACUCUGUCUGUGGAUAUGAACAAUUCUUCUUUGGAACAUGAAGACUUUUCUAUACAUCAUUGUCUAACAAGAUUAUUAGGCUGGAGUAUUAUUUCACUAUUUAAGGAGACCAGUGCUGGAAAACAAAAUUCUAAUAAGGAAUUUCAUCGGUCUACUUUAGUUUCUAAUCUGAAAGUUUUAUCGGUGUUAUCUUUUGAUCCACAUCAGUAUGAUACAUUUACUAAUGUGAAAGGACUGAUGGAAAAAAUUAUGAUUUGUAUUUUAAAGACAUAUUUUGAAUCAGAUGAAAAAUAUUUUGAUAUUCUUGUACUUUGCCUGGAAUUAAUAAUAAAUUUUUACUUGAAGAAUAAACGAACCUUUGUUCAGUUAUGCCUUAAAACAUUUAAAGUUGACAGUAAUGUAGAAAUUCGGGCUGUUGAAGCUUUGAUAAAGAUGCUGUUAAACUGUGUAAAUAAAAUUAAGGAAGUGAAAAAUAUUGCACUUCAAUCUGAGAAAGCAAAUACAGCUUCUAACCAUGAGGAACCUGAAAUCCAAUUAGUUUUAAAGGCUGCUGAUAAAGAUAUGGAGCUUAGCACUAUUGUUUCAUUCAUAUCUGUUCUGCUUGUGUUUUUUAUGGAUGCUAAACAGAGUUUUAAAGAAUUUGUACAAGAAAGGAUACCAUCUGAAAUGUUUCCUGAAAUAAUAUCCGUCUCUAAGAGAUUUCUUCAAUUUGCGUCCCUUACAGUAA